ACCGAGUGGUGUCUGAGGGACGGAUCCGGGAGCAGCGGCAGGAGCAGGCGGCGCUGCGGGGGAUAGUUGUCACAUAGUGUCAUCCAUCCCAUUUUGCAGUUUGAGGAGGGCAAGGUCUGCGCCAGCAUGGAGACAGAAUCUCCUCUUCAUUAGAGAAAAAACUUUCUGCCCAACACAACUUACUUCAAGAAGUGCACAAUGACAGAACGUGGAAUUAAAUGGGCUUGUGAGUAUUGUACAUAUGAAAAUUGGCCAUCUGCAAUUAAGUGUACCAUGUGCCGUGCUCAGAGGCCUAGUGGAACAAUUAUUACAGAAGAUCCAUUCAAAAGUGGUUCAAGUGAAGUCGGUAGAGAUUGGGAUCCUACAAGCAUUGAAGGAGGAAGCAGCCCUUUGAUAUGUCCAGAUUCUAGUGCAAGACCAAGGGUUAAAUCUUCUUACAGUAUGGAAAGUGCAAAUAAAUGGUCAUGCCACAUGUGCACGUACUUGAACUGGCCAAGAGCGAUAAGAUGUACUCAGUGCUUGUCCCAGCGUAGGACCAGGAGCCCCACAGAAUCUCCUCAGUCUUCAGGGUCUGGUUCAAGAUCAGUCCCCUUUUCUGUUGAUCCUUGUGAAGAGUACAAUGAUAGAAAUAAACUGAACACGAGGGUACAGCACUGGACUUGUUCUGUAUGUACAUAUGAAAACUGGGCUAAGGCCAAGAAAUGUGUGGUAUGUGAUCAUCCCAGACCUAACAACAUUGAAGCAAUAGAACUGGCAGACACAGAAGAGGCUUCUUCAAUCAUAAAUGAGCAAGACAGAGCUCGAUGGAGGGGAAGCUGCAGUAGCGGUAAUAGCCAAAGAAGAUCUCCUCCUACAACCAAACGUGAAUCAGAAGUGAAAAUGGACUUCCAAAGAAUUGAAUUGGCUGGAGCUGUUGGCAGCAAGGAGGAACUUGAAGUUGACUUCAAAAAACUAAAGCAAAUAAAAAAUAGAAUGAAAAAGACUGAUUGGCUAUUUCUAAAUGCUUGUGUGGGAGUUGUAGAAGGUGAUUUAGCUGCUGUUGAAGCAUAUAAGUCAUCAGGAGGAGAUAUUGCACGCCAGCUUACAGCAGAUGAAGUACGCCUGCUAAAUCGCCCUUCUGCUUUUGAUGUGGGAUACACACUUGUACAUCUGGCUAUACGUUUUCAAAGGCAGAAUAUGCUAGCAAUUUUGCUUACAGAGGUAUCACAACAUGCGGCAAAGUGCAUUCCAGCAAUGGUGUGUCCAGAGCUUACAGAACAAAUCCGGCGUGAAAUUGCUGCGUCUCUUCAUCAACGAAAGGGAGAUUUUGCUUGCUAUUUUUUAACUGACCUCGUAACAUUUACAUUACCUGCAGAUAUUGAAGACUUACCACAAACAGUCCAAGAGAAGUUAUUUGAUGAAGUACUUGAUAGGGAUGUUCAGAAAGAACUAGAAGAGGAAUCUCCCAUUAUAAACUGGUCUUUGGAAUUGGGUACGCGUUUGGAUAGUAGACUAUAUGCACUUUGGAAUCGGACUGCAGGGGACUGCCUGCUUGAUUCAGUACUACAAGCUACUUGGGGCAUUUAUGACAAGGAUUCGGUGCUACGGAAAGCUCUCCAUGACAGUUUACAUGACUGUUCACAUUGGUUUUACACCCGUUGGAAAGAGUGGGAGUCAUGGUACUCCCAAAGCUUUGGUUUACAUUUCUCACUGCGAGAGGAACAGUGGCAGGAAGAUUGGGCGUUUAUACUCUCUCUUGCUAGUCAGCCUGGAGCAAGUUUGGAGCAGACACACAUUUUUGUACUUGCACAUAUUCUUAGAAGACCAAUUAUAGUUUAUGGAGUAAAGUAUUAUAAGAGUUUCCGGGGAGAAACGUUAGGAUAUACCCGUUUUCAAGGUGUAUAUUUACCUUUGUUAUGGGAACAGAGUUUUUGCUGGAAAAGUCCUAUUGCUCUGGGCUAUACAAGGGGCCACUUCUCUGCUCUGGUUGCCAUGGAGAAUGAUGGUUAUGGCAAUCGAGGUGCUGGUGCUAACUUGAACACUGAUGAUGAUGUUACCAUUACUUUUUUACCAUUGGUCGACAGCGAGAGGAAAUUACUGCAUAUUCACUUCCUUUCUGCUCAAGAGAUAGGUAAUGAGGAGCAGCAAGAAAAGCUGCUCAGAGAGUGGCUAGACUGCUGUGUGACAGAGGGUGGAGUCCUUGUUGCUAUGCAGAAAAGCUCUCGUCGCCGCAAUCAUCCCCUGGUCACACAAAUGGUAGAGAAGUGGCUUGACCGUUACCGACAGAUUCGCCCUUGUACAUCCCUUUCUGAUGGUGAGGAAGAUGAAGACGAUGAUGAUGAAUGAUGAAAUAAAAAAUUAAGUAUCAAUGCAUAGUGUCUGACCCCGAAGUUAGAGUUGUGCUCUAGCAGUUUAUGAAUUGACUUAAAUCUAGCAGAAGCGUGCUGAAAGGAUUUUACUUACCAGCAUGGGGAGAGUCUAGAGGUUCAUCUGCUGUGUGAAGAGAGCUAAAUUGGUUGGACUACAGCUUGUAAAAACAAAAAACUAAUUUUAUUAUCAAGACAAAACAUUUGUUUCUUUCCAGUUGCAAAUCUGUCUAUAAAUGUAUCGCAUGUGGUUGUGUAAGAAGUUGUGUAAUAGGAAAAAAGUAUACCAGCAUCUUAAUUAUUGAGAAGAAAUUUCUUUCAAAUAAGGGCACUUACAAAAGCACAUGUUAGAUGGAUAUUUGUUCCUUUUGAGAUUUACUUUUACAGUAGAACUUGUAUUCUACAUCACUCUUUAAAUAUUCUGACACAUUUUCUUGAAAGGUCAUUUUGUGAGAUCUCACUAGUGCCCAGUCAGAUGGUGAGGUUUAUUUUUUUGUUUGCACAAACUAUCCAGAGCAAGUCAGAAGUACAAACAACGUUCAUUAUUUUAUUAAUAUUUUAGUUACUGUUGUGCCCAUUAUAAUAAAAUCAAAUCUUUAAGGAACAAACUGUGGAAGAAGAGCUACAUUUUUCAUUGAGUGAACUUAUAUUUUGUUUUCUGAAAAAGUCCGUUCUGCUCUCCAUUAAUAUUUCACCUUGUAACAUUUUAAUACUUUCUUCAGUAUGCUUAAAAUAUUUAUUUAGAAAAGUGACCUAAAAUGUUAUUCCAGAAAUUGCAUACUAAACAAUUGCGUGGAGUUGCCAACUCAAGUGUGAUUUGAGAAUUUCAUAUUGUCCAAACCCAGACUUGCUGUGAUAUACUGUACAUAUCAUUUUAUCAUUGAGUCUUUCACUCUAGUUAAACAUUGCAAGUGAAAACUACCUUUUACUAGGGGCACUUCUUGAUCAUUAGUGAGAACUCUUGGCAAUUUUUUAUUUUUUUUUAAAAACCCCUUCAUUCUAAAGUGGCUUUUUAAAAAAAGCACUGUAAUAUAUUUCUCUAUGUAAACCUGGGUAUUUCUUGCAUGUUGACUUUUGUGGCCAUACUUAAUGUGUAAGGUUCAUAAAAGUGUAAGUCCAGAGUAUAUUCAUCAGUAAACAUUUUAUUAUAUGUGAUAACUUUAGCCAUGCAAUUUGUAAUGGGUAAAGUUUAUCUUAAAACAACGUUGCUUAAAAACACUGAAGGUUAAUGCCAGUUUUUUACAUAUACAAUGCAAUUCAGAUCAUCUUUAAUAAGCACUUUGAAAACUAUUGAGUGUGUGUGUGUGUGUGGCUGGUGGAUAGGGAACUUUGCAGUAGAUGACCUAGAAUUUCAAAAGAAGACCCAUAAAGUGCAUAUUUUUGUGUAGCUUAAGGCUAUGGAAACACUAAAGAACUUGCUGCUUUUUCUUGCAAAUGCUGCUUAGAUGAUAUUGAAAUGUGCACAACUCCUAGAUAAUCUUGGUGACAAAACACCAAAAAUAUAGAAAUAAUGAAGUGCUGUAUUAAGUUAGCAAAUUUUUUUUCCUCUCAGAUUCCAUUGACAUUUAUUAUGAAAUGUGUCUUCACACACUUUUGGCCAUUUAGGUCUCCUUUGAUUGGUGCAUGCAUAGAUUUUCAGGUAAAAGAAUGCAUGUUUCUUUGCAGUAUAUGUAUGAAUUACCUGAGUGAAAAUAGAAGAAUCACAGAUAGUGAACAGGUUCUACCUUAACAUACAAUCUUGAUUUCAGUUUGCUUUCUAAAUGCAGUAGUCAGGUAAAUUGAUACCUUGUCCUCAUUCUUCCAAGAUGAUGAUGUUACCUUACAGUGAAAUCCAUGUGUACCAUGACCAAUGAGUAACUUAAGUAAGUUAAGAGCUCAUGCAUUCAUUUCAGUAUGCUGUGUAAAUGGUGUUGACAAACACACAAACAGCAGAUAACACUGCUUCAUUGACAUAUCUUCCCCCAAAUGACACACAGUUACUGCAAGUCAUAAGAAGCAAGAUUCAAAUACCUUCUUUGUGAAGUAGUCUUUAACCUUUCUUCAUUAUUUUGCCAUUCUCCAACCAAAUUGUUGCAGAAGCAAGCCUUAUCUUGCCUCCAACAAUAUGGGUGGACUGUACCCAAAUCUGAGUUCCUUUGAAGAAAUGAACAUCCUUUCAUUUUUAAAGAGAUUUAAUGUCAGUUUACUAUACAAUCAGUUACAGCUUUUGAUUUUAAAAACCAAACCCACACUGUCUAAUAUCUUUGCCCCACUUUUGUUACGAAUUUACACCCCUCAUACUUUUUGUAGAGUUUUAUUAACCAUUACUGCUUUCUUCUAAUCUAUAAAACAACAGGUUCUGGCUAACAAGCCUCACUGUGUUUUCAAAAUCAAGUGAGACUUUUUAAACAAAAGUCCCUACUUAAAGGAGUUGGGGUUUAUCUGUUGACAGUGCACCUCACCCACUACAGUAGAUGAAGGUGCAAACAAUUGUCCUUUUCCCAGCACGGUAGCCAGUGCACAUUAAAUCUCCCCAUUUGACAUACUUGAAGGUUUACAAACACGUAUGUGCAGUUGGUGGGUAAGUCCUAUAUUGACCCAGUCUAUAUUAAAUUUACCACUUGUUUUUUUACUGUUGAAUGCUUACAUAGCCCAGUACUUGGCUUUUCAUUUCAAACUCUUGCCCCCUCUGCAUCUGGGAAUUGUCUUGGACUAUUCAUGAAUUCCUUAGUAGAAUUUAAUUCCUAGGUCGCUUUUGUUAAACCGAGGCAUGCUGAAAUCAUCCAGAGUGCUGCUACAGCAUAGCUUUUAACCAGCAGUACUUGAAUGUUUCAUACUCCCUUAGCAAAGUAAAAUUGCUGUUCAUUUUGAAGAAUGCAGAAUUCUUGUUGUGUUACUUAAUUAACUGCUUAAGAAGUAACUUCUGUGAGCUUUACUGUAUGAAGUGGUGACUUUUUUUUUAAAUGCCAGUUUUAUCAGCACAGUCACAUUUUUGUUACUUGUAUGAACUGCUUCAUGUUCUCCUUGAUUGAUGGAAGCGCCCCCAGCCUUCCUUGUAUUAGUACAAAAGCAGCAGUAAAUUGGUUUGUCAGUAAAGCAAAAGGCACAAAUCUUGAGCAGCAGCUAUCUGCCAUACAUUUCUCUCCCCUCCCCUUGCACGCUAUUCAGUCUGAAAAAACUUGGGGCAUACUACAGUCAGCUUGCUUUGGACCCAGUAAUAUGUCAAGUCAGGCUGGAUACACAUUCUCCCCGUUUCCAUAUGACCUAUUCCUUGCAUAUUUUGUUGGUGUUUGUACUACAGACAGUUGAAUCCCUCUGUACUAGUCACAAUCCCAGAAGUACAGUGUUGUUUUUAAACUGAAGCCUGUUACUAUGAUACUUUGUAACAUUUGGAUUUUUUAAAUUCAUUUUUAGUUCUUGUUGAACUGUAAAACUUAAUUGGAAGUGAUUGUCUAAGGUUGCUAUGAUUUGCAUCUAAUCUUAUUUUUAUAAGUACUGGAUGAAACUCUACAGCAUCUGCCAUUCUCUGAAAGGUUUGUGCUAGACUUAUUUUCCUGAUUCAAAAUCCACUGCUGGCAAUGGAUGCACUAGGAACCACUGGCACAAAUUAUUCUGUUUCAUAGAACAGUAUUUACACCCAUCUGAAAUGCAACUGCUUCUUUUAAAAAACGACAGUACCAACAAGUUAUUUUUAAAAUAGUCACUUUAAAUCUUGACAACAUGAAUUAAAUGUUUUAUCUUCAUUUUCAUGUUUCCCAAAUGUCCUCUCUCUAACUAACCUGUUUUAUUCUCCUGGUUUCUCUAUGCUGGUGUUUAUGGAUAAUCAUUCAUACUUGCUAUGUUAGAUCAUUGACAAAAGGAUAGUCACACAGCUAUGAAAUGUGACCUCUUUGUAACAUGUUUGAAGCUGGUAAAUAGCUUUCCAUUUAAUUUAAAACAAACAAAAAUACAGUUUUGUAACUAGAAACUUCUUGGUUUCAA